AUGAAUGGCAUGAUGAACCUCCUGAGGGAAUUCAAAAAUGAGCAAAAUCGAAAAUUUGAUGCCCUUCAGGAUUCUAUUUCCGGGAUUCAGGUACAUCAUAAAGAGAAGCUUAACUCCUUACAGCAAACUACAGAUGAAAUAAGGAAGCAAAAUGAUGCUAUACACGUGUCCAUGGAGUACCUUCUGCAGGAGAACACCGAAUUAAAAGGGAAAGUGCAAAAAAUAGAAAGCGAACAGAACGAAAGUACUGAUUACAUACGUACCCUGGAGAACAGGAUUGAGGUCAUAGAGCGACAAGGUAGAUGCUCAAGUAUUGAGAUUCGGAAUGUGCCGGUGACGAAAUCAGGAAGCAAAGAAGACCUUCUAAAUAAUGUACUAAGCAUAACGACUGCACUGAAUGUAAAAGCGUCUGCUUCGGAUGUAUGUGAUAUCUACAGAAUAAACACAAAAAUAGCGACACAGAAACCUAAUAUAUGUAACUUAAAUAGUGUACUUAUUAAAGAAGGGAUUUUGAAAAGCCUAAAAAACUUUAAUAAAGGAAAUAGAUUUAGUACAGAACACAUACAUAUCAUAGGAGUUGCUCAGCCUGCAUUUGUCUCCGAGAACUUAACUCCUGGAAAUAAAUCAAAUAAAUGCUGA